GAGUCAAGCCACCACUUGGUCUCAGAACUAUACCAGAGAGAAAAGUAAGCAAAGCUAAAUAUCAAGCCCAUUCAUUCAUUCAUUCAUCAAAAUGGGCUCAAUGGGGAAGGCGAACAAAGUGCUGGUGAUCGGAGGAACCGGCUACUUGGGCAAGAGGCUGGUGCAGGCCAGCUUGAACUCCGGCCACGACACCUACGUCAUGCACCGGCCGGAGAUCGGCGUCGACAUCGAGAAAAUCCAGCUCCUCCUCUCCUUCAAGAUGCAGGGCGCCCACCUCGUCUCCGCCUCCUUCGACGACUACCAGAGCCUCGUCGACGCCGUCAGCCUCGCCGACGUUGUCAUCUGCGCCAUCUCCGGCGUCCACAUCCGCAGCCACCAGAUCCUCCUCCAGCUCAAGCUCGUCCAAGCCAUCAAAGAAGCUGGUAACGUCAAGAGAUUCGUGCCGUCGGAGUUCGGAACAGAUCCGGCGAGGAUGGAGGAGGCGAUGGAGCCCGGGAGGAUCACGUUCGACGACAAGAUGGUGGUGAGGAGGGCGAUAGAGGAAGCCGGGAUCCCCUUCACUUACGUCGCCGCCAACUGCUUCGCCGGUUACUUCCUCGGCGGACUCUGCCAGCCUGGCUUCAUUCUUCCUUCUCGAGAACGCGUCACCUUGCUUGGAGAGGGAAACCAAAAGGGGAUCUACGUGGACGAGGACGACAUAGCCGCGUACACGUUGAAGGCCAUCGACGACCCUCGAACCCUCAACAAGACGAUCUACGUGAAGCCACCAAAGAACGUGCUGUCCCAAAGAGAAGUGGUUCAGAUCUGGGAGAAGUAUAUUGGCAAAGAGCUUCAGAAGACCGUUCUCUCCGAGCAAGAGUUUCUGGCUGUUAUGAAAGAACAAAACUACGCGGAACAAGUUGGACUGACGCACUACUAUCACGUGUGCUACGAGGGUUGCCUCGCGAGUUUCGAGGUUGACGACGACCAGGAGGCCACCAAGCUGUACCCGGAGGUUCGCUACACCACCGUCGAGGAAUACCUAAAACGCUACGUUUAGGUAGUCGGAGAGUUUCCGUGGUAUUUCGUUUACGAUAAAAGUCACCGUGAUGUCGUUUUAUCAAUGGAGAUUGUAUUUCAUUAAUUAAGCUUGGGUAUCUUCGUUAUGUGGUGGUGUUGUAAUCCUGGCUAGCUCUAGCUACCUCUACCUGCAGCAGCAGUCUCCAUGUUUGUCAAUCAAUUAUAUAUGAUUUAUUAUCUGGGCUAAUUAAUAUAUUGUAUUGUCUGUAAAGCGUUUUGGGGUUUGAAUAA